GUUUCAUUGGCAAAAAAAAAAGAGAAGCGCGUGGUUUAGCGGCAAGGAAUUUGCAUUGUAAUCAACUCGAUCCCAUCGUAAAUAUAAACACAUAAAAUUUCCACAAAGUUCGAAACGAAUAUAUAAAUAAUUGGCGUACAGCGCUUGGCUCGUGGUCCGGUCGCAGAAUGUCGCAUGCGAAUGACAAUAAUGAUGGGAAUGCCGCGGCGCAGGAGGAAGACGAUGCUGCCGAUGAAUUGAUGAGAAAUGACAACGACACCUCCCUGGAUAAUGCCGUGUUUGCGGCUGCCUAUCAAAGCGAUGACAGCAUAGGCGAUGCACUGGAUCAGGCUGGUGAAGGCGAAGCCGAAGCGGAUGCUCAAAGUGAUAGCAAUUCAGUUGCUGAUGCCGAGGGGGAGGCAGAAGGUGAAGGUGAAGGUGAUGGCGAUGGAGAAGCUGAUGGCGAUGGGGAUGGCGAUGGCGAGCCUGCUGCUGAAGAUGAGAGCGGUGGCGAUGAUGCUGGCAAUGGCAAUGCAGAUGAUGAUCCAGCCGCCGACAGGCGCUCGGCCACCAAAAAGGAACUCACUCAAAUCAUUGACAAAUGGGAACAGGAGCAAACAACAAGUGGCUACGAUCCAGUGCCCACGCUCAGAAGUCUGGCUGAGAUAUUUGAGCGCGAAAAGGAUGCGUAUAUGCGCAAGGAUCCGGAUCCGUUGGAUCUGAGGCAUCCCUAUCGCACCGAUCCCAGUUGCCAGUAUGGACUGCUGCUGAAGCUGCUCUUUCGCAAGGAUCAGUUCAUGGGCAAGCUGCUCAACGAUUAUCUCCGGGAGAACUAUUUCACGCGGCAGAACGUAAGUCGCAGCUCUCUGGAGCUAAAUAUCAUUGCGUGUCGUCUGAUAUUGGUUGUUAUGCCGGGAUUGGAGACGACAGCCGUGUUUCAAACCGCUGAGGAAGAUGGCAUCAUUAAUCGUCUGUACAAUUGGGCAGAGGACAGCAUUGAGCCGCUGCAGAGCUAUGCAACUGGUCUGUUGGCCACUGCCAUGGAGGUCAGCGAUAUUGCCAUCACGUGUCGUGAUCAAAACAUGCGCCUGGUGCCCAAGAUGAUCAAUCGCCUCCAUUUGUUGCACGCCUGCAGUCGCAUGAGCAAAAACAACUCAGCAACAGAAUCUACGGGCGUCGCGGCCGGCACAUCGCAUCACAACAACUCGGCGGACAGCAGUUUCUCGCCGGGGAUGCUCAGCUGGAUGGCGUGUGGUGGUGGUGCUGCAUCCGCACCACAAUCGCCGCAGCAUAACGGCGCCAGUGGCAGUGCCAGCAAUAUGUCCAUUCUCUUCGAGAACAGUCGCGAUGCGUUUCCACUGUCACGUUAUUAUAAACGCAUGUAUAUUCCACUGCAUCCGCCGACUGCGGACACCAGCCAGAUGCUCAUCAUGCGCUUCCUGACCAGCCUGGGCGAGUAUCAGGAGUUUCUGGGCAUGGCCUUCGGUAACAAUGUGAUGACGCUCAUCUUUGGCCAUCUCGAGGAGUUGGACAGACGCGACACUUGCCUCGCCUACGAGGUGCUCAAAUAUCUCGCCUCGUUGCUCUGCCACAAGAAGUUUGCCUUGGAGUUCAUUUCACGCGGUGGCCUGGAGCUACUGUUGAAUGUGCCACGUCCAAGUUUGGCAACUACUGGCGUCUCCAUAGCCAUUUACUAUUUGGCCUACUGUGAGGAUGCCAUGGAGCGCAUUUGCAGCAUGCCGCGUCCUCUGAUAUCGAAUUUAGUGCGCUAUGCCUUGUGGAUAUUGGGUCGUUGUCAUGACUCCUCCAAGUGCCAUGCGACCAUGUUCUUCAGUUUGAGCUUUCAGUUCAAGGUUAUACUCGAUGAGUUUGAUGCACAGGAUGGCCUGCGAAAGCUGUACAAUGUCAUAUCGGUGUUGAAGAUCUUGGAUCCCACGCAGAAUGACAAUGACAACGCUUCGGACAUCAAUGAGGAUGUGGAGUGCGCCUCACGUCAAAUGGUGCGACAUGUGUGCAUCGCCCUGAAGCGUUAUAUGGAGGCACAUUUCUUCUACAAGUACAAUAACUUCCUAUGCCAACACUAUGCGACAUCGUCCGCCUCAUCGUCGGCACACUACUUUAGCCAGCAGCCGACGGUCGCAGCCAAGUUGACCUUUGAUCAGUUGCACGAACAGCUGCGCACCCUGCAGGAGCACACCUCGGUGCGUGCGCAUUGGGAGCCAGUGGAUCAGCUGCUCAAGCUGGGUGGAAUUGCAAUGCUGUUGCGCAUCAUUGCGUUCAGCUAUGACUGGGUGAACACAGGUCGAUCGGAGACUGUGCGCUCCGCAUUGGAUGUGCUCAGUGUUUGUUGUGUAAUACCACGUGUCUAUUUGGUGCUCUGCGAGCGUCUCCAGAUGCUCGACAAGACAACAACGUCUGGUUUUUGUUCAGUGCUCGGCGCCGCUGCCGGUGAAAUUACCGCCGAUGCUGAGGUCAUCAAAUCCGCUUUGGCCGUGCUCUGUCAUUGCGUCUGUUCGCCCAUCAUACGCAAGGAUAAUGGGAGCACAGCUCUCCUGAAGUUCGCCAGCUCAUCGCGCAAGAAUAAAGCGAAUCAGAAAUAUGCCGAGGAACUCGUCGAGAAGGUCUGGGAAUCGGUGUGCUCCAACAAUGGCAUUGUGGUGCUGCUCUCGUUGAUGCAGACCAAAGGACCCAUCACCGAUGCGGACUGCAUACGCGGCAUGGCAUGCCGUGCUCUCGCCGGACUCGCACGCUCGGAUCGUGUGCGUCAAAUUGUGGGCAAGCUGCCGUUGUUUGCCAGCGGUCUACUGCAGACACUGAUGCGCGAUCCCAUACUGCAAGAGAAGCGGGCGGAACAUGUGCUCUUCCAGAAGUAUGCCCUCGAGCUGCUCGAACGCAUCUCGGGCAAAACGAAGCCACUAAAUAAUCCGUUGGAUCCAUCGCUAACCAACAUGCACAAGGCCAAUGUGAUUGCCCAGACGCGCAUUCAAUACAACGAACAGCAACUGUAUCAGCUAAUCUUUGAGCAUUUGGAGAGCAAAGGUUUGGCCCAAACAGCCCAGAUGCUGCAACGUGAAGUAGGCCUUCCGCUCCAGACGACCACAACGCGCAAUUUUCACCAGUCACCCUUCGACUACAAAGGAUUCGCUGGCAUCAGCUCGAUGUCGCGCAGUCGUUUGCGCAAUCGCAUGCAGGAUGUGAAUGCUGCCAUCAUGUCGCACAAUGGUGAAUUACAGAAUCGCAGUGAAGAUCUGUUGCCGCACUGCAGCAGCAGUAGUGGUGGUGCCUCCACUUCGGCAGCUGCUGCUGCUGCUGCUGGUGGCGCUGCAUCUGCCACAUUGGGUGUACCCAAUUUCAACUACCUCAGCGCACAGACGCCCAUCAAGCUGCGCAAAACGGAACGUUCCGCCUCGUCCGUCAGUCGCUCCCUCCAAAAGCAGAUCGUUGAACCCGGUGCGGGCGGGUCGGGAUUACCCGAUGACUUGGCUGUGUCGCCCAUGUUGCAUCCGAAGCGUGUGACGCUCAACAGCAUUGUCACCGAGUAUCUGACGAAUCAGCAUUCGUUGUGCAACAAUCCGGUGACAACCUGUCCCCAGUUCGAUCUCUACGAACCGCACAAGUGCCCCGAUCCACGUCCGAGCCGACUGGUCAGCUCCAAUUAUAAUCUGACAUCGCGACACUUUCGCACGCAGGCUGGUUUCAAUACGGCUCGCUUCGAUCGUCGACAUGUCCACACACAUUUUGCACCGUGGCGCACCAUGCGUUCCGCCGACUACGAUGAUCUGGAGUUCACGUGCUGUGAUGUCGUUGGCAAUUAUCUGAUUGUGGGCACCCAUCAGGGCGAGAGCAAAGUGUUCAACAUGAACGAUGGCGUCGAACAGUUCUCCUCCAUUUGCCACACGUACGGUGUGGACGCAAUACAGGCGAAUCGUGCCGGAGAUCUGGUGUUGACCACCAGUCUGUGGCGUCUGCGCACCACGGUGCUGUGGUCCAUCAGUGACAACGAGUUCCGCUCCAAGCUGCGGCUGCCUGAGGUGGGCUACUGUGAGUUUAGCCAGACCACACAGGAUCGUCUGCUGGGCACCCACACAGAUUGCGCUGUGCUGUACGAUGUGAAUACGGGCUCCAAGGUGUUCACCUUUACGCCCACCAUACCCAAUCAGUACACCAAGAAUCGAGCCACACUCUGCCGCACAGACGAACUGCUGCUCUCAGAUGGUGUGCUCUGGGAUGUGCGCUCCGGCAAAGAGAUACACAAAUUUGACAAGUUCAAUCAGUGCAUUUCGGGCGUCUUUCAUCCCAACUGUCUCGAGAUCAUAGCCAAUACGGAAGUGUGGGAUCUGCGCACGUUCCAUCUGCUGCAGACUGUCCCGGUGUUGGAUCAACGCAAUUGCACCUUCUCGCCAAUGCAUGUGAUAUAUGGCGCUAGUUUGGGUGCGGAUCGGGAUCAUGAUGUGGAGACGACCACCUAUGAUACGAGCUUUAAUGUGCUGGAUGCGUACGAUUAUUCAAGUAUUGCGACCAUCGAUGUGAAGCGGAAUAUCAACGAUUUGAGUGUUAGCGCCAAUGGCAGCCUGAUUGCCGUCGUUGAGGAUCACAGCGGUUACGAUUCGAAGCAGGAGACAUAUGUGAAAAUCUAUGCAGUGGGCGUUAAAAAGAGCGAACGCUCGGAAGAGGAAGAUGAUGAGGAGGUGCCCGAAUCCAAUGAGGAGGGCUCCGACACGGGCUCCGAUACGGGCUCUGAAAAUGCUUUUGCACUUGGUCCGAAUUUUCUUGGUUUCCCGUUGCGCAGCCAUCGCGAUCUGAUCGAUACUUGGUCCUCGAGCGACGAUGAUGACAACGAUAGCGAUUUGGAGGAUGGCGAUGAUGACGAUGAGGAAGAUAUUGCCAUUCUCAAUGGUGAAGAUUUGGAUUUUGAAGGCGAUGCCAGCAGCGAAGAUUAAUUCGACUUCUCGACUCCUUCAAUGCUUUGUUUAUUUUGCGCAGCUUGUCGAGCUCUCGGAAUUGCACCCCUCUCAAAAAGAAACACACACACUAGCUAUAUAUUUACGCCUAGUUUUAUAAGCUGUUAACUUAAACUAUAUUUUUAUGUUCAAGUUUGUACAAAUGGUUCAAAAUGUAAAAAGUUCAUCAAAACGUAAAAACUAAACUGACCUGUUAAGAAGCAGUUGUAAGUAAGCAACAAAAAAGAAACAGAAAAAAAAAGAAUUGUUCAACAAUUUUCAAUUGUACAGAGUUUAUUACAAUUAUAUACUUUUCUAUUAAUGAAUAAAAAUGUAAAACAAAAAAACUAGUUAAUGUAGUUGUAGUAAAGCAGACGCAGUUGUAAACAAAUUGAAUAAUAUUAAUUAUGGCUACCGU